AGUUGUAAUCUUUCGCGCAACGUGAAUUGACACACAGCAGCCUGCGGGAGUCGUGCACGGGUCGCCGAGUGCGAGGUGAAAAAGCGAGCAGCGGCGGAUUAGGUAUCCCAGAUCACAGCCGUACGGAGCGCCUCCAGAGUCCAGGCCCUGGCGCCGCGUACGAGACACGAGUACGCCGGCGCGAGCCUCUCGCCAAGGACGCCGCCGCUGCUCUCUGCAUCCGGCACUCGGCAGUGAGAGUCUCGCGGCGCGCCUGUACGGAUGCAACAGAGACCGCACGCGCGUCACGCCUCUUCGCUGCUCGGCCCGCGGCGAGUCAACAGUCUUCCUCUCAACUCGUCCGCUGCAGCGUGCCUUGGACGAGCGCAUCCCCGCAGAGCAACACCGAAGCAGCAUGAAGUCCGUGCAAGAGCAGCAGCAGCCCUCGUCGAUGGAUUCGAGCGACUCGGGCACGACGACGGCCUCGAGCGAGUACGCUUACCGGCCGUUGACGACGAAGCAUCGCCGAGCCGGCAGCACCGGGACCACCGGCGACGAGGAGUACACCACCGACGAGGACGAGCUCUACGGCGACGAGGCGGACUGCGCCGCUCCGGGACUCGGUCACGCCGCGCCCCAUCCGAUUCUGAAGAGCGACUUGGCCAGGGCGGCCACCGAUCUCUUCGGUUACGCGACACCCAAGAGGGACGAGGAGGCCGACGAGCCGACCAGCCUCUUCGACGAGGACGACGUCAAGUUCUGUCGAGACAGUUCCGCGAAGCCCCCGACGAUCUUCAACUACGCCAGUCCCAACCACUACGACAACAACAACGUCGACGACGGCGACAACCAGAGCAACAAUAACAGCUGCAGCAGCGGCGUUCAGAAGGACAUCGAGGAUAGUAAACAGACCGAAAACGGUGACUCGAAGAGAAGGAGCAGCCCGGUCGCGUCAUCUACCGGCGGCGAGUCGCUAGAGCCGUCGAAGGAUCGCAGCGAGGAGGCCGCGGAGGACGAGUGCGAGACAGCAGCCAAAGAGCCGGCCAUCGCCAAGCUGCAGGAGGAGCUGCGCCGGGCCCACGAGGAAUUGAGGCUCAAGGACGAAGAGGUCGCGAGGUUGUCGCGCAUCAGGCAGGAUGUGGAAGCCGAGCUCGAGGAGCUCACCGCCAGCCUCUUCCAGGAGGCGCACAACAUGGUACGCGAGGCUAAUCAGCGCCAGGCGACGGCUGAGCGGCUGCUCGAGGAGAGCCGUAUGAAGGCCGAAGUGUUGGCUGCCGAGGUGGCCGCCUUGAAGACCCUCGUGCUGACCUCGACACCGGCCCAACCCAAUCCACACCUACAUCCGCAAAUCGGCGGCGGUAGUUCCGCGGAGGAGGCGCACCACUCGGGCGGCAUCUUCGCCAAGAAGCAGCACCGUCGCUCGCCCUCGCAUUUCAAUCUCAAGUACGGCCGAGACAGCUCGCCGCCCGACUCGCCCCAGAGAGAGCAGCAGCAGCAGCAUCAGCAGCAGCAGCAGCAGCAUCAGCAGCAUCAGCACCAGCAGCACCAGCACCAGCACCAGCAGCAGCAGAGAUCCUCCUUGCCCUGUGGCAGCAACGCUGACGGCUGCGUGCCCGACAGGGAUUUGCCGGAGAGAGAACGCGAGAAAAAGCGCGAGAGGUAUCUGCUCAGCCAGAUCUCCACCGAAAAGGAGCAGCAACAGGAGAAGGAGUGCCGCGAACUCGCCCUGGAGGUGGACCCGCGCGUCCAUGCCGAGUUCCUCCGGUGGAAGGCCAAUCCCUGCGUGGACAAGAGCGAGCCUUUCGUCGAACGCAUCUUUAGGGAGGACAUUGACCUCUGCCUGGACUUUCCCAACGCCGAGCUUGGUGCACAAGUUAGGCAGGCUGUGCUCGACGGUAUCAUUUUUGUCGAGGCCGUUGGCGACAAGGCCAAGCUCGGCUUUCCCAAAAGGUGCGCCCUACUGGAAGAGCCCAGACAAUGCCACUACAGAAUGCGAAUGGGAGAUCAAGAAAACAAGUGGCACUGUAUAUCCCAGAUAUGUAGAAAUAGGAUCAUAGCAGUUUGCGACUUGCUCAAUUAUCUUCGAUACGUCGAGCGAGGCCUUGUCAAAAGUUCCGUUCACGACGUUUACUGGGAAAUCACGCGACUGCGAAAGGAAAUGGUUCUUGCUCGGCUGGGCUUGGCUCUCUCUGCAGUCUAACAAGUAUAUCGAAUUGCAACUUGCUCUCUCCUUUUCUUUUGAGCAUACAAGUGUCCUUGCGAAAUCGAGAGAUGGCUUCGAGCUCAAAAGAGGAGGAGGGCACGAGAGUAAAGAAACGAAUCUCCGCGUUGCGUCGAAUGCCGUAUUUAUUCGAGACUGUUGUAUGCGAUGCAAUUGAAGCGGCAAAAACUCGAAUUUUCACAAUAUGACGCACUCUAGGCGAUACAAGUAAUCUCACAAUCGACAUAGCCAAUUAUUUCAAUUUUACGAGCGUAUAUCCCGCACCCUGGCGCUCGAGGCGUAAACUAUGCGUAUAUCUCUAUUUUUUUUAACUUGGCUUCGUCGCGACCGUUUAUUUUUUUACUUAUUUAUUAUUAUCAUUAUUAUUAUUAUUUUUUUAUAAACGUACGUAUAUUGUUAUCUUUUAUCCUCUUCGUCUCUCUUGUAAAAAGUAGUCGAGUAGGUUGCAACGUUUUCACACAGUGUUGAGAGCAUAAUGUAUGCGUAAGAACGAAUUGUUGAUACAUGAGAAAGUUGCGCAAGACAAUGAGUAUGCAUGAGGUAUAUAUAUAUAUACAUAUACUAUUAGGCUGUGAAAGAUCCCGAUGUGCGGGAAAAUCGGGAGUACAGAAUGCGAUCUGAUUUUUUUCCUUGUUUUUGUUUUCUCUUUUCUGGUGCGAUGAAAAAUAACCGCACCGUGUUAAAGGGACGAUGUGUACAUAAAUGUGGAUAAUUGUGAUGACAAAAUGUACGCAUGUACCUAUACUAAUGUAUAUAUUUUAGUCGAAUGAUGUAGCUAACGAAAUAUUUUAUUAAUUAUGUAAUAAUGUUGCAAGAGUCAAAGUUGAACUCUGACAAAUGAUUUAGAGUGUUUCCAUUUAAUAGCACUUGUAUUAUAUAUCAAAUGCACCUAGUAAGAAAAUCGGGAUAAACACAGGCGUUUAAAAAGAGUUGCUAUAAGCCACAAAGAUGAAUUUUCAUACAAGAUUUUAAAUGAAGCCAAAAGAAUUUGAUACAGGAUUGUUUAUAGAAAAUUUUGUUAACCAAGUCUCUGAAUAGAUGAAUAAAGUAAAAAAGUAUGGAAAAUUUAGAAUCCUCAUUCACGUAUGAUAUAUGAACCGUUUAGAAUAAGUUGCUCUGUUGUUAAGAGUGCCAAAAUGAUGUUUCGAUAAUUAUUGUUAAACCAUUUGUACAUACCGAAUGAAUUGCUAUUACAUGUUUGUAUAAUGACAAAAUGAAAUCCAAAGGAUGAAAAAGCCCUUCAUCUUCUAUAACCAAGUUAGUCAGAGUAAUAUUGUAAGUAAUAAUUAUAACAGCGCCGUUAUUUAUAUAAUCAUUGAAGAUGAAUGAGUUUUAAGGUAUUUUAUAGCGUAUAGGCUCUUGUAAGGAACAAGUUUUUGUCAUUCAUCAUAUAUUGUAUUGAGAAAUCGUAAUAUAACGAAAUUCAAAUUGUUAAUAGUUCGAUUAUUCAAAUACAAUCCAGUAAUAAACGUUUGAUUUUUUAAUCGUUUUGAGAAUUGAUAACAAGAGAAAUGAAGAGAAAAAUGUACGUGACUUUCAAAAUUUUUAUUAAUAUAAUAUGAAAAAAAGAAUGUCUUUUAAAAAAAGCUUCUUGUACAGCAAUUUACAUAAGUCAGUUGAGCGCAUCAUUUUCAACAAUCACUGAAACCUUACAAUCUUAAAUAGCUCUCUUACAAUUAAAUAAAUUAUAAUAACUAUGAUGCUCUUA